AUGACACCAAAGAGAGUUGAGGACGUCUCGUUCGCCCAAUUUCACCAGCUGUUUGUCUCCGGCAGUGUGUCCUACGGCGACUACUUUUCCCACUUGCAUUCUUGGUACAAGCAUCGCCGUGACGACAACGUUCUGUUUCUGACCUACGAACAGAUGAAGAAGGAACCUGAGUAUUGGACGCUGAAGAUUGCGGAUUUCCUAGACGGCGAUUGUGCGGACCGCCUGCGCGAGGACCCCGUUUUGCUGAAGAAGGUACUCGACGCCACAAUGCUGAAGAAAAUGAAGGAGGUGUUUAACGGCAAGAUGUUCACUGUCAUCCAGCGUCUGUUGAAUCUGCCCCCCCACAGGGCCAUCAAAUCCAUGGAAGUCUACAGGAGUAAGCUGGUGCACCGAGAACCGACGCACGAAGACCACGGCUUUGUUCGCAAGGGUGUCGUUGGUGACUGGAAAGCGCACUUCAAUAAAGGCCAAAUCAAGAAAACAAAGGCCUGGAUUGCGAGAAAAACUGUAGAUUCUGAUGUCAUGCAGCUGUGGCAAGAUCUCCGGCUCCCAUGA